AUUACAUGUAAUGUAUCUGCUUUCUCAAAGUGGAUCCACAGACUGAUCAUUUUUACUUUUCAUAUCAAAUACUUUCACUUGGGUCACUUCUGAUCGUUUAUUGGGGCAAGAAAAAAAAAAAUUUCAUCUACUGUAAGUGUAAGCAAGGAGGAGAGAGAUGUCUGGAACCCGUUCACUGUGCUGCCGUGUCAACACGGCCACCCAUGUGUCUGCUAUCUUCUAUCUGGCAUGUAAUCUGCUGAUGGGUGUUGAUUUGAUUUUUGGAAUAAUCCAAGGGAAAGAGCCAUUCAUCAUCUCCUACACUGAACAGAAACCUGCCCAUGGCCGUCAUGUGUUUGAUAUUGGCACAAACUUGAUUACGUUGGCUUUGAUGUCAGUCUCCAGUGUGCUGGUCCUGAUAUCUCACUGCAAGGGGCCGCUCUGUAUCGUGCCUUUUGGGAUGUUCAUGUGUCUGGAUGUGGCUCUGAGUCUUCUCUCCUUGUUUGAUGCUCCAUGGGGUCUGCCUGGGACCCCCACAUACAGAAAUGCCCUCCGUAUUGCUGCAAACCUUAAAGGAGGUGUCAAGUUGGAAGGAGAGGAGUUGAACCGUGUCACCAUGAUAUUUGGAGUUCUCUUUGUGCUAUACAUACUACUGAAGGUGUACAUGUUCCAGGUGGCUGUGCGCUCUUUCUAUGCACUGAAGCAAGACUGGGGAGACUCUGUGUACCGCACUGACAGGAACACCGUGAGGGUGAAACUGCCCUCCUAUGAUGACGCGCUGAAGAUGAAGGCUGAGGCCAUGCCCCCUGCCUAUCAAGAGUCUUAGAACACGGAGAGGGCAUACUUUUCUGGUGCACUGUUUUUAUGCACCGUGCUGCUCGCUGCUUAUUUCUCAACCCAGUCCAUCUUACUACCAUACAGAUUUGUCCAUAUGUACACAGUUGUAAUGAAAGGAAAGGCACUGGUGUUCAAAUUAAAGAAACAUAAAACCAGUCAGAAAAAAAUGUACGUAUCAUCUUAUGCUUAAGCCACUAUUGCAGGUUACAGUGCUAUUCUUAUGAAUGUCAAAGGUCUUGCUUAAGCAGUGAUUUUGCUGUGCAUGUUUUGAAGCCAACCUGAACAAUAUAAACAACAGUUUUAUUCACCAGCACAAAGCCUGCCUGAUGCAGUACAAAUUUCUUAGACAAAUGAGACCUAUAGAAUCAUAAAGAAUGCUACGCUGAUUAAAGUGUCCUUCAUGUAAACCUGUAAAAUAAUUGGUAUUGUGUAUAUAGUUGAAUCAAGUUAGAUACUACACCUCUGCAUAAAUACAAUUCUCAAAUAUUUGAAUUCAAUCUUAAUUCACUAUAAAUUUUAUCUUUUAUUAAAUAAAAUUUAUCAAAACAUUUAAAAAUAAUUUUUGGCUAUUUUUUGAAAGUGUAGUUGAUUAACCUUUUAGAAAAUACAUCCCAUGUUAAAGAAACUACAUUUAACUCACUCAAACACUUUGGAAGAUUUUUCCCGGAUCUGUAUCUGGGUGGAAGGUUGGAGUCAGAUGGGGAUCUGGGUUUGAAAAACUGAAAAUAUGAGGACAUUUUUUAAAACAUAAACAUUUACAUAUACGAACUUAGAACCUCCAGGAAGUUGUAUUAAAAUGUAUUACUCCUCUGGACAUAUUUAGGGUUUGGUUUUGUGUGUGGAAGAUGGAAAAAUAAAU